ACGACGGCAAGCCGACCAUUAAUGCCCGCGAGUACACGGGCGACAUUUUAUACAUAUAUUAAAGAAAAACUGAUUCUCCCCCACUAUCUCAUCCCUUUCUCUUUUUGGUGAAGUCUCCUCCCUUUCUUGGCCGCCGCGAAGUCCUCGUGCUUUACCCCGCUCGCCUUGGAUCGAUCGACGAGCCGCUGUGGAGUCCGGGGUUUAGGAUUCUGGGAGGAGGAGGAGGAGGAGGAGGGGUGGGAGAGAAAUAGGGAAGGAGGGUUCAGUAUGCCCCCGAUGGAUGAGGGUUUGUUGGAUGAUAUCAUAGCGCGGCUUCUUGCGGCGAAGACCGGGAGAGGGGCGACGAAGACGGUGCAGCUGACCGAGGCGGAGAUCCGGCAGCUCUGCGUCGCAUCCAAGGAAAUCUUCCUCAGCCAGCCUAAUCUUUUGGAGCUCGAGGCGCCGAUCAAGAUUUGCGGAGAUAUCCAUGGUCAGUAUUCUGAUCUUCUCCGGCUGUUUGAGUAUGGCGGGUUUCCACCAGCGGCAAACUAUCUAUUUCUUGGGGAUUAUGUUGAUCGUGGCAAACAGAGCAUAGAGACCAUAUGUCUCCUCCUUGCAUAUAAGAUAAAGUACAGAGAAAACUUCUUUCUUCUGAGGGGCAACCAUGAGUGUGCUUCCAUUAAUCGUAUCUAUGGGUUUUAUGAUGAGUGCAAGAGGAGGUUUAAUGUUCGGCUAUGGAAAGUUUUUACCGAUUGUUUCAACUGCCUUCCAGUGGCUGCCCUUAUUGAUGAGAAGAUACUCUGCAUGCAUGGGGGAUUGUCGCCUGACUUGAAAAACUUGGAUCAGAUCCGAAAUAUUGCUCGACCAGUGGAUGUACCAGACCAAGGCCUCCUUUGUGAUCUGUUAUGGGCUGACCCCGACAAAGAUAUUGAAGGCUGGGGUGAAAAUGAUAGAGGUGUCUCCUAUACUUUUGGGCCUGACAGAGUCUCUGAGUUACUUCAGAAGCAAGACUUGGACCUCAUCUGUCGAGCUCACCAGGUUGUGGAAGAUGGUUAUGAGUUUUUCGCAAAACGCCAGCUGGUGACUAUAUUUUCUGCACCAAAUUAUUGCGGGGAGUUUGACAAUGCUGGUGCCAUGAUGAGUGUAGAUGAUACUUUGACUUGUUCUUUCCAGAUCUUGAAACCAUUAGAUAAGAAAGGAAGAUUUGGAUUUGGAAACAACAUAUUGAAACCAGGGACUCCUCCAAGAAAGUUGUUCCUUCUACAUUUAUAUGCAAAUGCUUCCAGCAGUGACUUUCAUGAGGCAAUGUCCAGAGUGAAUCUACUCUUGCAAUAUUGUGCAAGGAUUAACUGCCACUGGCACAGGGAAUGCUGGUCAGUGGUUGGCUCAACAAGUGCCACGGUGAAAAUAGCAAGUGAGAUUGAGCUGUUAUGUACCUGUACUGAACUGGCAUAGGUCAAUACGGGAUGGCACAGGUCAAUACCCUACAAUAUGUAGUGUGAUGCAGAGUUGUGCCCAUUGUGGAACCAGCAUGGAAUGACACAGCAUGGAUGAGACAGACUGGCACUUAAAAGGUGGAAAAGGUUAGGAGAUGAGGCAUGCUAGCUCUUGUAGAUGUAUGUUUUUGGAAGAUGCAGGAGACCAUAUUCAGCUCUUUGGAAUUCCUACACACAGUGGAGAAUUUAGUGCUUUGCCCCCCUAUAAGAGACAAAAAUGCACCUUGUUUCAAUUAAAGAGGCAGAGGCCUUUUUUGGCAACUAGCCAAACUUCUGGCUUGAAAGUGUGAAAAUUAAAGGUUGUUUAAUGUUAUCAUCAAAUUGUAUGGUGUAUAUAAUUUCAUUGUUUGCACCAGAUGUGCUCUAGAUUACACCAAUUGGGCACUUUGGUUUCUGAUAUUGUGGGAUGCGCUCAUAGCAUCACACCUUUUUCCAUGGUCUAUGGGAUAUGGACCUGGACGGCGAUGGCUCUGAAUGACUGCAAUUUUGACAAGCAAUGAUCUCAACAAUUUAAAUUACUUGUACAGCCAGAAAGGAAUUAAAAGAAUCCAGAUGGCACCACAAAAAGAAACACUAUAUACGCAGCAUACCCUUCAUGAGCCAGCUCCUUUUGGUUACCUUUUGCAAGCACCCGGAAGCCCUGAGGCCACCCGUCUUUCCAUCCAUUCUGGAAUAAUUUUGUGCAGAGCAUGUAAUGGGGUUAUUCAAUUCACUUGUUUUGGAACUGAUUUUCUGAGCAGGAUCUAAUGUUGUUUAAUUCA